UUGGUGGGCCGGAGGUCGUUGUGCAGUGCAAAUUUAGCUUUGACAAUGGGAAUAUUGGAUAAGAGUUUUCGCUUGGCUUGGAUCAGUAUCCUUAUCUUCAGCCAAGUCAGUGGAUCCACGGGACCAUCCUCAAGUGGACGGAGAUUAACCUCAUUACUGAGCAAUCUAAAAGAUUUUAAUUUAGGCGGUCCAAGAGGCAAGCGGGAUUUCUAUCAUGAUCCGAGUCGGGAGAUGAACGAGGCCUAUCUGGAGAAUAUUGGAAACAGAAUAGCAUCGGCUACUAGUAACUUAAUAGCAACAUUUCGUUUAUUGGCUCAAGCUCACAACCAAGAACUGAAUGGAUCUCUUGCUGUUGAGAAAAGACUCCAAGAUGAGAACACCUUACAAGAGAUAUUGGAAGGAAUGGAAGCGUUCCCGGAGAGCCCUUUGUAUCAAGACUACGUUCGACAUCAGCCUAAUGCUGGCGAAUACCUUCGGCUAACCAAAAAGAGCCACCGCCAAUUAAUAUAAAAUUGUAAUUUUGAAUAUUGUUAUUCUCACCUCUUUGCCCGUGGAAUCAGCUUAACUCAGCACAUGUCAUUUUGGUUUGAAGAUGUCGAUCAUGUGGUGAAACUUACAGAUUUAUCUCAAUGGUGAAAACUGUCCUUGUGAUUGCACUUAGUUUAACGUUUUCAAUAUCUGAAAAAAUGCUUGGACAUAUCGUUGGUUUUGUUGUUGCCUUUAAUAUAAGUUCGUCAGCAAAAAGGUUCCCUUCAUAUAAUUUCUAUAUUUAUGAUGUGUGUUCAUGCCCAAAAAAACGUUUUUGAAGCUUCGAUAACCACAAAACCUCAAACGAAUCAUUGAACCUAUCAAAUUAUUUUUGUUACUUAUGGAAGCAUUAAAGUUUUAUACCUUUAAAAGCAUAAAAUUUAGCCCAAAAUAUAAAAUAUCAAAAGAAGGCCUCAUUCGGUUGAUGUAC